CUGAAGGGCGGGCCCAGCGGCUGCGCAGACUGGCCCGCGCAGGCGGUCAUGGGACUUCAGCAUGGCGGUGUUUGCAGAUUUGGACCUGCGAGCGGGUUCUGACGUGAAGGCUCUGCGCGGACUGGUGGAGGCAGCCGCUCACCUUGGCUAUUCAGUUGUUGCUGUCAAUCAUGUCGUUGACUUUAAGGAAAAGAAACAGGAAAUUGAAAAACCAGUAGCUGUUUCUGAACUCUUCACAACUUUGCCAAUUGUACAGGGAAAAUCAAGACCAAUUAAAAUUUUAACUAGAUUAACAAUUAUUGUCUCGGAUCCAUCUCACUGCAAUGUUUUGAGAGCAACUUCUUCAAGGGUCCGGCUCUAUGAUGUUGUUGCAGUUUUUCCAAAGACAGAAAAACUUUUUCAUAUUGCUUGCACACAUUUGGAUGUGGAUUUAAUCUGCAUAACUGUAACAGAGAAACUACCAUUUUACUUCAAAAGACCUCCUAUUAAUGUGGCAAUUGACCGAGGCCUGGCUUUUGAACUUGUCUAUAGCCCUGCUAUCAAAGACUCCACAAUGAGAAGGUAUACAAUUUCCAAUGCCCUCAAUUUGAUGCAAAUCUGCAAAGGAAAGAAUGUAAUUAUAUCUAGUGCUGCAGAAAGGCCUUUAGAAAUAAGAGGGCCAUAUGAUGUGGCAAACCUAGGCUUGCUGUUUGGGCUUUCUGAAAGUGAUGCCAAGGCUGCAGUGUCCACCAACUGCCGAGCAGCACUUCUCCACGGAGACACUAGAAAAACUGCUUUUGGAAUUAUUUCUACAGUGAAGAAACCUCGGCUAUUAGAAGGGGAUGAAGAUUGUCUUCCAGCUCCCAAGAAAGCCAAGUGUGAGGGCUGAAAAGAAUGCCCCAGUCUCUGUCAGCAGUCCCUUCUUCCCUUUUAUACUUCAUCGGCCACAACAAAGAGAAAACCUUUGUGUGAUUUACUGUUUUCAUUUGGAGCUAGAAAUCAAUAGUCUCUAAGAACAGUUUUACUUCCAAUCCAUUAAAACAACAAACAAAACCUAGUGAAGCAUUUUUUUCAAAAGACUGCCAGCUUAAUGAAUUUAGAUGUACUUUAAGAGAGAAAGACUUUAUUUAUUUCUCCUUUAUGUAAGUGAUAACAGCAGAUACACUUGAAUAAGAUGUUUCGGGUAUUUUUGUUUUGUUUUGUUUUUGAGAUAGGGUUUUGCUUUGUUGCUCAGAGUGGAGUACAGUGGCAUAAUCACAGCUCACUGGAACCUCAAGCCUGAGCUCAAGUGAUCCUCCCUCUUCAGCCUCUCAAGUAGCUGGAACUACAGGUGCACACUACCACACCUGGCUUUUUUUCUUUUUCUCUGUAGAGACAUGGUCUCACUAUGCUCCCAAGGCUGGUCUCAAUCUCCUAGGGUCAAGCCAUUCUCCCACUUUGGCCUCCUAAAGUGUUGGGAUUACAUGGACCACCAGUGUAGCCAGAUGUUUGAAUAUUUUAAGAGCUUCUCUCAAAAAUUACUUGUUCAUAGUCAAAUGGUAGUUAUUUUGAAGAUAUUCAAACUUAUAUUGAAGAAGUGACUUUUAGUUGAUGUUUUAAGCUUCUCUCUCAUGUAUUCACCAAAUCAACAUUUUUUUUUCCUAAAAGGAAUUGCUGUAGUUUGUAGAAGUAGAGAGGAUACACAUGUAAAAUUACACUUGGACUCUUACUUCACUGCUUCAUACCUCCAUGAGGUCUUUGAAAUAGGAUUCCUUACUUUUAGUUAGAAACCCCUAAAAACCUAAUAUUGAUUUUCCUAAUAGCUGCAUUAAAAUAGCAAAGCAUUGGACUCAAUCAGCUUUGGAAAUAAUUUAUUUUUAUAACAGGAUCGUGUUAAGUACAAGUAGCUUUAUUUGCACAUGUCUGCAUUUAUGUAAUAUUAAUGUAAGGGCUCUAAAACACAGUGGAGUAGAACCAGAGGUAUAACUGAAUAAGAAACUUUUAAACAAGAGAAAGAAAACUGUUCUGCAAGUUGGACAAAAUAUAAUUUUAAAAAGAGAAAACUUUAUAACCUCACCAAUGAAUAUAGAUGUUUAGAUAAAAUAUUGAUUUAAAAACAUUAAAACAGAGUACAUCAUUUAUUCCUUUUUUUGUGAGAUUGAUUCUUUGUUGUUGUUGAUGAAACAGGGUAUCACUCUCUCACCUGGCCUGAAGUGUCAACAAGCCAUUCUACCAGCUCAACCUCCCGAGUAACUGGGACCACAAGCAUACACUACCACAUCUCGGCUAAUUUUUGUAUUUUUUUGUAGAAAUGGGGUUUUGCCAUGUCCAAGUUGGUCUCAAACUCUUGUACUCAAGCAGUCUGUGCCUCAGCCUCCCAAAGUGCUGGGAUUACAGGCACAGCCAUGAACCACCAUACUCAGCCUUCUAGUUCUUUUUAAUGCAGUAUCCUUUUGCAUAUUAAUAGGUCAAAAGAGAAAAAUCAGAAUGUUCUUAAUAGAUGCCAAAAAGACAUUUAAUAAAGUUUAAAAUCCACUCCUGAUUUUUUUUUUUUUUUUUUUUUUUUGAGACAGUCUCGCUCUGUUGCCAGGCGCCAGGGUGGAGUACAGUGGCACAAUCUCGGCUCACUGCAACCUCCGCCUCCUGGGUUCAGGCAAUUCUCCUGCCUCAGCCUCCCCUGUAUCGGGGACUACAGGUGCAUGCCACCACACCCAGCUAAUUUGUGUAUUUUUAGUAGAGACGGGGUUUUACCAUGUUGGCCAGGAUGGUCUCUGUCUCACUCCUGAUUUUUAAAAUGACAACAAUAAAAACCCUUGGCAAAAUUUAAGUAGAAGAAUAUUGUAUGCAUACAUAGAUAUGUUCGUAGUGUCUAUUUUUUGUGUAUGUUACGUGUGAUGGCUCCAAAAGCAUUUUUGACUACCACUUGGCCAAUUUGAUGGAUCAGCCUACCCAUUCCUUCUGUAAAACUGAGGCUGCUGCUGCUGAGCCCACACACCGAAAGUCUGCCACUUCCUGUGUGCCAGUUUGCUUUUACCUUCACCCCACUUAAGUUCACCAAAAGUCAGCUGGGUUUAUUCACAAAUCUGUUUAUGCCAGCUGUAUUUAGCAUUUUAUGUAGAUUAAUUUUUAAAAUAUGAAAAUCGAUGAACUAUUGGGGGCAAAUAUAGAAUUGCCAGGAAAACUAAGUCAACACUUUGGAAAUGUUUGGAAAAGAUAAGUCAUUACAAAGAACUGCUGUCAAAUUAGGUGUGAGAAGGAUAACAAGAUUUGGGGGUGAUUAGUAAAAACUUGCGGAUUGCUUCACUAAUGUCAAGUUCCUUUUCUGCUUUAAAGGGACUAGAAUUCAAGAAAGACAACUUUGGAUCUCUCAUCAGUGUAUCCAUACUCCCAAGAACAGGCUUUGACCCUUAUUUAAAAGAUUGGUACCUGAGUAUACAUUUAUCUGUUUUAAGCUCAAAAUGCUUAACAGGAUAUAUGUUUAAUUUUUUAUGAUGUCCCACCUUAAUUUAUGAAUUAGUGAUGUACUAGCUAUCAUUGCCCCAGAUAGAAUAAGAUUUUUGUACUAUAGAAAGGAGGUAGAAUUAUUUGUAGUUAUGACUGUCUUGGAAAACUCAUGAAGUAAAUGGGGAAAACAGUAGAAAUAUAGGUACCUUUCAGCUUCUGUCCAUUUACUAUACAUUGUGUAGUAUGUGUUUGCAGUCGUGCCUGCGUUCUAUUAAUACAUGUUUAUGCCAUCGUUCACAAUAGUAGGGUAUGAUGGCUGGUCACCAGUGAAUAGCAGAGGCAGGUUUCCUUCUAAUACUUACUUUUGUUAGAAUGAACCACCAAUUUAAUUGCUACAGGAUGACAAUACCUCUGCCAAACCAAGAUGAAGCUUGGCAGAGUGGCCAAUUACAUAUAAAAACACAAAAUCCAGUAGUUUUGAUUAAUAACCUGUUACAUAAUUUUAAAAGGUGACACUAUUCACAAAGACAUAAAUUACCAAGAAAUGUUUAGGACCUCUAUAAAGAAAACUUAAUGAAAAUGUUAAGAAAAUAAAGGGAAAAUAAAGACUAGAAUACAUGGAGAGAUAUGUUCUGUUUUCUUGAAUGAGGCAAAUUGUAAAUCAGAUUCUCCCCCAAAUUAUGCAGUUAACAAAAUUUAAAAUCAAAAUGCCUAUAUAUUUUUUUCUUAUGUAUGUAUUUGGUCUUUAGACUUGGUAUUCUGAAAGAGUAAAUGUGAGGACUGGAAAUCUCAGAGAAAAACCUAAUGGAAGGGACUUACAAUGCUGAAUAUUGCAGAGUAUGGCAAUACUCUAGUACUGUGAUUAGAACUAAUUGGUGCAGAAAUUCAGAAAGAACAGUGAAAGUAGGGAGUCCAAGAUCACAUUUUAGUUAUAAAAAGAAAUGAUGGAUUGAUUGUUCAGUAAGUGAUACUGAAAUGAUUGGUUAUCUAUUUGGGAGAGGCAGUACAGCAUACCAGUUAAGGGCACAGAGGAAAGAAAAAGUACAUGCGUUAAAAGUCUAAUUUGCUAGUACGCAUUAGCUAUGACUUUGGGCAAAUUAUGUAACCUCUCUUUGCCUCACUUCAUCUGUUCUCCCUCCCUGUGACAUUACUGCAAGGGUUAAGUAGGUAUUUGUAGAAGGCUUACUUAGAACAGGGCCUAGCAUAUGAAAUGUACCAACUACAGCCGGGAACCAUUGCUCACAUUUGUAACCGUUGCUCACACUUGGCCUCCCAGCACUUUGGGAGGCCAAAGCAAAUGAAUCAUCUGAGGUCAGGAGUUUGAGACCAACCUGGCCAAUAUGGAAAACCCUGUCUCUACUAAAAAUACGAAAUUAGCCAGGUGUGGUGGCCCAUGCCUGUAAACCCAGCUACUCAGAAGGCUGAGGCAGGAAAAUGACUUGAACCCAGGAGGUGGAGGUUGCAGUGAAUGGAGAUCAUUCCACUGCACUCCAGCAUAGGUGAGAGAGCAAGACUCUUGUCUUUAAAAAAAAAAAGUACCCACUAUUUUAUUAUUUUUUACUUGAUUAUAUUAAUUUGAAUAUUGAAGUGUUGGCUAUUAUUUACGGAAAAAAAUAAGUCAAAUCUCUGUCUUGCACCCAAUAUACACCUAUAGUAAAUAAAGGGAGAUUAAAGAUUUAAAUUUUUUUACAAACUUGUAAAAUACUAGUGGAAACUGCAAGUUAAUUUAAAAAAAUAAUGAUCUUGGAUUGGAAUAGACCUGCUAAGCAUGGUCAUCAAAGCCAGAAAACAAAGUUUGAUUGAUUUGUCUCUACAUACAAACAACUAGGAAAGAACAUUUACAGUGCAUAUUCCAGGAAGGUUUAAUACCCAACAUGACAUGCUAUUAGCAUCCACACAGAUCCCCAUUCCCAGGGUGGUGGGCCCAGGUUUACAGGUGCUAAAGAUGGUGGGUACUAAUGACUUAUGUUUACUCUUCGCCAGAGGAUUGUCCUGGGCUGGUGAGAGUCACUUUACUUUACCUGGAGAUGCCUGGGAAGUUUUGUCUCCUCUGAGGUUGGCCCAUGGCCAGUGACUGAUGCAGGACAUUACAGCACAGCCCACUAGCCUCGGUGGUACAAUUUAUGCUCCUGAGCACUCCAUGAGAUUAGGCUGAGUGUGGCUUUCUCCUGAAACCAUAUCUUUGCCUCUUCUGCCAUGCUGUGUUUUUUCCCCAUUCCCUUACAGAGGACUCUCAGUAAAUCAUUUGCACAAGAAUCCUAAUUUCAAAUGCUGCUUCCAGGAGACCUGACUUAGAAAAUUGGACAAAUAAAGUUAAUUUUUUAAAUGUCUAGUAAGCAAGAAGGUGCUGAACUUUCCUAGUUAUGUAGGGGAAAAUCACCAAAAGUAUAUCUGGCUGAUCAGGUUGAAAGUUAAAAGAAAGAAGAUUUAUAAAGUGGAUAUUUUCAAGAUGGUGGGGAAAGGCAGUAACAUUGUGGUAGGGGAUAUAAUUUGAUGCAAAUCUUUUACUUUUGUAAAUUUAUUAUCCAGAAAUAACUGGUUAAUUAUAAAGGCUGAAUGGAUAAGGUUAUUCACUGUAACAAUAUCUAAAAUAAUGUGAAAAUGGAAACAAGCUAAAUAUCCAAUAAUAACAGGAUUAAAUAAUCCAUUGUACAUGGAAACAAAAGAAUACUGUCUAUAAAGAGGUUUAGAAGAAGUUGUUCAUUGAAAAAGUUUUAAAACUAAAUACACAUGUAUUAUAAAGCCCAUACAUAAUUUGUGCAGAAAUAAUCAGAAUGUCAUGAAACCAGAAUUAUUGGUAAUGUGUUGCUCCCUUUGUUAUUCAUUUCUGUACUGGCAUAAUGAGUACUGGGUGUUCAAGAGGAGAGGGAAGGCAGUAUGACAGAUGUUAUUACAUGGGGAAAAAGCAAAGUACAGCAGGAAGACACCUGGGGGAACUAACAAAAUCUAAGGGCUCAGGAUGGCUUCCUGGAGGAAAUACAGCUAGACCAAAGGGGAGGAAUAAGGAGAAGUGAUGUGAGGGGGCACAGUGGGCUGUAGUGGGAAGAGACUUCCAGGGAGCUGGCACAGUAUGUGAAAACAGCAAAGCAAGUGCCUGGAUUUUUUAAGGAACUGAAAAUUUAGUUGAGUUGAAAUUUAGAGUUUGGCUAGGAAAGUAAUGAGAAAUAGGAAUAAAGAGUUAACAGCAGCCAGAUUUUAAGGAUUUUGUAAGACAUUUUUAGGAGUUUUUAUUUCAUCCUGAGGGAAAUGCGAAGCCAUUAAAGGGUUGAAAGAGGAGAGUGAGUUGAUCAGCUUUGCAUUUUAGAGAAAUCACUCUGGCUGCAACUUGAAAAACAGGCUGGAGGUAAGCAAGCCUGGAGACCAGGAGCCUAGGAGGGCUGUUCGAGUGAUCCAGAUAAGUAACUGUGACCUCAACUAGGGCAGAGGCACCUAGGAAUGGAAGAUACAGAGAGAUCACAGCACUACUUCCAUAGUGUAAUUGGUAAGACCUGGUGGUUGAUUGAAAGAGAAGGGUGAGGGAAAGAAGAUCAAAAAACAACUUCUAGGACUCUCCAUUGGCCAAUGGGAUGUGCCCUUCACUGGAGAGCAAAUACAAAAUGAAAGAUUGUGGGCAAAGACUUGACUCAGUGGGAAGGCAAGAAGAGAACCUUAUUUUUAAAAAUGGCUAUGUGAUUAAAAACUUAAAAAUUUUC